AUGCCUGGGAGAGCUGCACCCUCGGUGCGCUGGGCCUGGACAGAGAAACACGCAGUGUUGAGGAAGACGGAGUAUUGUGAUUGUAUUGUACACUUAUCUCAGACAAGCAAGUACGAGGCAUCACUGAAGGGUCUCUUCAUCAUCUUCCUGCUUCAUCUGUGUGUUCAACAUGCUCGGGGUGAUGUGAAUCCUGUCGCCCUUGCUAAAAUGAUCCAAUAUUUUAAUGAGAAUGUCCAGCCAAAGACCAAGCCUGAUGUUCAGUACGCAAUAGCAAUUACUGUCCCACAGGCUCAAUGCACAGAUGAACAAUCUGACAUCCAGACUGUGUUCAGCAAAGAAGAAGCAGCACAUGUGAAAGACCGUCUCACAAAUGGAGAGACAUGUGUUCUCUGUACAAAUUCACAAAAUGUCAUUGCUGCACGGCCUAUACAAAAAACAAAAGAGCAUGCUGAACAUGUUCUGCUCUAUCCUCUCGGUAAUUCUCCCAUGGAUAAACUUCUAGCAAAGGCAGAUCCGAAUAGCUGUGUAGUUUUCUACUCGUACAACUCACCUUGUGUAACGAAGUGUAUUCAGAGCAAAGACAACAUUUUGGCUGGCCUUGCAAACUGGAAAAAUAUCCGUAAAGAUGCAAUGAAUGUUUUUGUCUUUGGAAAGAUCUGGCAGAAGGAUGAAUGGAGGAAGGACAUGGCGAAAGAUCUGCUAAUGAUUCACGACCAAGUGCCUCUUUAUCGUUGUGACAGCAGUAAUGGGAUGCAAUGUCAGAACUGUGUGGAAAAAAACACAGAUAUAGUUGAUUCUUUCUGUCUGCCUAAAAGGAAAUCAAUGCGUUUGUAUUUCCAGAAAAUGCUUCUGUCAUUGCUUAAAGGCUAGCAUUUUAAAGACUGCUUCACAGCUCACAUUGUAUCUUUCACAAAACACCUUUUUUAUACAGCACAAAAUUAAUGGGGCUAUGCUAAAGGGCUAAAGGGCUAUGAAAUUAGAAUAUCUCACCAAACACACACUUCACACCUCUUCUGUGCUUAAUAAAAAUUUUUUUUGAUUAA